AUGCCCGCACCUGCCUCCCCACCCCGCCUGCCUCGGCCAUCCCUGCUGCUGCCUCUGCUGCUGGGCCUCACAGGUGUGGCAGGUGAGACGGAGCUGCAGGUGAACCAGCCUGAGAGGUCAGUGUCUGUCGCAGCCGGACAGACAGCCACUCUGCGCUGCACCCUGACCUCCCUGCUCCCCAGUGGGCCGGUUGAGUGGUUCAGGGGAACAGGGCCAGCCCGGGAGUUAAUCUUCAGUUUCAGAGGAGGCCACUACCCCCGAGUAACAAAUGUUGCAGACACCACAAAGAGAAACAGCACGGACUUUUCCAUCCGCAUCAGUAACAUCACCCCAGCAGAUGCCGGUACCUACUACUGUGUGAAGUUCCAGAAAGGGGCCCCUGAUGUGGAGUUUAAGUCUGGACCAGGCACCAGGAUGUUUGUACGUGCUAAGCCCUCUCUUCCAGAGGUUUCGGGCCCCUCCAACAGGGCCAGCCCAGGCCAGACAGUGAAUCUCACCUGCACAUCAACUGGCUUCUUUCCCAAAAACAUACACCUGAAAUGGCUUGAAAAUGAUGUGGAGCUUCCGGCAUUUCAGACCCUGGUCUUCCUGCCUAGAGAUGCUGGAUCCUACACCAUCGUCAGCACGGUGCUGGUGACCCUUGACUUAUCCUCACUCCACUCCCAGCUCACCUGCCAAGUGGCUCACAGUACAUUGCAGAGCCCCCUCAGUAGGCACGUGAACAUCUCCAAAUUCCUCCAAGUUAUACCCACAGUGACUGUUUCAUCCCACCGAGUCCCAAGCCUCCAGCUGGCCAUCCUCACCUGCUACGUGCAAAGGUUCUACCCUGAAGUCAUACAAAUCACCUGGCUGGAGGUGAACAGACGCUUUAAGGCCUGUGAGCCUCCCACCCCCACCAAGAACCCAGACGGCACAUUCAACCAAGACAAUCAUAUCCUGGUUUACACCUCAGAGGACAAAGCGCUGUUCACCUGCGAAGUGCGGCAAGAGGCCCAGCCACUGAUCCAGGCCCGCGUGCGGCUGAGCCCCAGAGAAAGUGAGAGCCUGGACCGGGAGGGUCAGUAG